AUGGUGGACCCAACCCCUCCCGUAAUCAUCCCAGAAGACCCAGCGGGGGAUGGGAGCACUACUCACACUGACCCGACACUUGGUGUUUGCACUGACCCGACCGGUACACACAGGCCAGAGGUCAUCCUCCCAACUACCUCAGCCUCAGAGACUCCAGUUGGAGCCAGUGUGCUUGCAGGGAUCAUAACUAUGACAGUCCAGGCGUGGCUCAACAAUGCCCCCGCGAGCUCUACGACUGUCCCCACGGCUCGAACAUCUGGUUCUGGGGACCCACCACUGGAGCUACCCCUGUCAGGACAGAUAGAACUAAUAGAAGAAGGAAGGAGGAAUAGAGGAGAAAUAAAGGACAGUGAUGGUGGGGAAGAAACGGGCAGGAAGCGAAACAUGGGGGACAGAAGAAACAGAGACGGGAGAAGACACAGGCAUGGGAGGGGAGACAGAAGAGGAGGCAACAUAGGGGUAAAGGGAAAGAGGUACGAGGUGGUGGGAGAGAAGAAGGAAAAGGUGGCCAAAAAAGUGGAGGUGGCCAAGGAAGACGCCAGUAAGGAAAAAGGGGCCAAAGAGGAGGAGGCCCUGCUACAACAGAAUAUGGAUGUUACUGCACCAGUAAUUGAUGGUCAUGGAGGUCCUCCUCCACUACUACCACCAGUUGCAGCCGGUGGAGGUCAUGGAGGUCCUCCACCACCACCACCAGGACAUGUUGCUGGUGGUCAUGAUCCUCCUCCACCACCACCACCACCAGUCACACCGGUUGUAGCCGGCGGGCAUGGAGGUCCUCCACCACCACCACCGCCAGUUGCAGGUGGUCUUGGAGGUCCUCAAUCACCACCAGUUGCUGGUGGUGGUGGAGGUCCACCACCACAACCAUUGCCAUAG